CCCGUCCCCGGCUCGGCUCGCUCUCCGCGCUGCCAUGGCGGCCUUCAGCAAGUACAUGACGACGCGGAACACGUCGCUGGCGGGGGCCGCGUUCCUGCUGCUCUGCCUGCUCCACAAGCGGCGCCGCGCCCUCGGCCUGCGCGGUAAGAAAAGUGGAAAACCACCGUUACAGAACAAUGAGAAAGAAGGAAAAAAAGAGCGAGCUGUGUUGGACAUGGUAUUUUUAUCAAGGCUCAGGCAGAUCCUGAAAAUCAUGGUCCCUAGAACAUUUUGUAAAGAGACAGGUUACUUGAUACUUAUUGCUGUUAUGCUGGUAUCUCGAACAUACUGUGAUGUUUGGAUGAUUCAAAACGGGACACUCAUUGAAAGUGGUAUCAUUGGUCGUAGCAGAAAAGAUUUCAGGAGAUACUUAUUCAACUUCAUCGCUGCCAUGCCACUUAUCUCUCUGGUCAAUAACUUCUUGAAAUAUGGGCUAAAUGAGCUCAAACUGUGCUUCCGAGUCAGGCUCACUAAAUACCUCUAUGAGGAAUAUCUCCAAGCUUUCACUUACUAUAAAAUGGGGAACCUGGACAACAGAAUAGCUAACCCAGACCAGCUGCUGACCCAAGAUGUAGAAAAAUUUUGUAACAGUGUAGUUGAUCUGUAUUCAAAUCUUAGUAAGCCAUUUUUAGAUAUAGUUUUAUAUAUUUUCAAGUUAACAAGUGCAAUUGGAGCUCAGGGUCCAGCUAGCAUGAUGGCCUAUUUGGUUGUUUCUGGGCUUUUCCUAACUCGACUUAGAAGACCUAUUGGUAAGAUGACAAUAACUGAGCAAAAAUAUGAAGGAGAAUAUAGAUAUGUUAAUUCCCGACUCAUCACAAAUAGUGAAGAAAUUGCCUUUUACAAUGGGAAUAAAAGAGAAAAGCAGACAAUCCACUCAGUCUUCCGAAAACUGGUGGAGCACUUACAUAAUUUCAUCUUGUUUCGGUUUUCUAUGGGUUUCAUUGAUAGCAUCAUUGCCAAAUAUAUUGCCACUGUUGUUGGUUACCUCGUUGUCAGUCGUCCUUUCCUAGAUCUGUCUCACCCUCGGCAUCUUCAUAGUACACAUUCAGAGCUUCUGGAGGAUUACUACCAAAGUGGAAGAAUGCUUUUGAGAAUGUCUCAAGCUCUUGGUCGAAUAGUUUUGGCUGGGCGUGAAAUGACUAGACUGGCUGGUUUUACUGCUCGGAUUACAGAGUUAAUGCAAGUCCUAAAGGAUUUAAAUCAUGGCAAAUAUGAGCGCACCAUGGUGUCACAACAGGAAAAGGGUAUUGAUGGGACACAAGGUAGUCCCUUGACACCUGGUACUGGAGAAGUCAUUAAUGCUGACAACAUUAUCAAGUUUGAUCAUGUUCCUUUAGCAACGCCAAAUGGAGAUAUUUUGAUUCGAGAUCUUAGUUUUGAAGUUCGCUCUGGAGCCAAUGUUCUAAUUUGCGGUCCAAAUGGCUGUGGGAAGAGUUCCCUGUUCCGUGUUCUUGGUGAAUUGUGGCCUCUUUUUGGAGGACGUCUUACUAAACCUGAGAGGGGCAAGUUAUUUUAUGUCCCUCAGAGACCCUACAUGACCCUGGGAACGCUUCGAGACCAAGUGAUCUACCCAGAUGGGAGAGAUGAUCAGAAGAAAAAGGGGAUAUCUGACCAAGUAUUAAAGGAGUACUUGGACAAUGUGCAGUUGGGUCAUAUCCUCGAGCGGGAAGGAGGCUGGGACAGCGUUCAGGACUGGAUGGAUGUACUCAGCGGGGGAGAGAAACAAAGAAUGGCGAUGGCAAGAUUGUUCUAUCAUAAACCCCAGUUUGCCAUUUUGGAUGAGUGCACAAGUGCAGUUAGUGUGGAUGUGGAAGACUACAUUUAUAGCCACUGUCGGAAGGUCGGGAUCACCCUCUUCACUGUGUCACACAGGAAGUCCCUUUGGAAACACCAUGAGUACUACCUGCAUAUGGAUGGCAGAGGCAAUUAUGAAUUCAAAAAGAUUACAGAGGAGACAGUGGAGUUUGGAUCUUAGAGAAAUCCGGAAAACUUUACCUGCUUUGAUGAAACAAAAUAAUCACAAAAUACAUUCAGAAAUACAAAGUACAUUGUAAAAUAAAGUUAAGCUUGUUUUUUUUUUUAAAAAAAACAAAGCAAAAAUUGACUAGAUAUAGAAUAAUUGAAACAUGUUAAACACUUAAUAUUAUAUAGGAUAUUGCUAAUUGUGUAUAUGUCGGUUUAAUUAUUAAUAUGUAUUAAGAAUGUCCUUAUUCUUGUGGUUAAAAACCUGCCUAAAUUAAAUUGGGCUUAAAUCAGUGUAAUGAGAUUCAUCCUGGGAUGUAAACCAUUUGAAGUCAGCUAAUUUGACUUUUAUGGCUCUAUCUUUCCUUUCAUGAAGAACCCUACUUAAAACUGGGGUCAUCACCUGUCCUAUUCUAAAAUACAGUCUUGAGUUUCAUUUUCCUGUGCCUCGUGGUAGUGGGAACCAAACAAAUCACAAUGUAUUAUUGAAAUGUAUGACAUUAUUGCAUAAUCAUGGCAGCAGACUUGUUCAGCUGCAUGAGCACACCAUUCCUCAUGUAUUUGUUGAGGUGUGUUUGACUCCAAGAGAGCCAUUGGGUUUCCUUUAGCUCAGUCACAGUGAACCUCUCUCCGUCUGUAGGGUUGAAUUGUUUUGAAGGUUCUUUGUGGUGAUGUACAAAUGUGUAUGUGCAGUUCUGCUGACAGUGGGUGGUGACGACACUUCACACCUCAUCUUCCUAGUGUUUGGAGUACUAAAACAGUCUUUCCGUGUCAAGCUCAAGGUCUUAAGAGAAUUGUGGAAUUUUAAAAAGCACUGGAGAGGUGUGUAUGUGUUGGAAGCCUACUCUUGAGAAGUGUGGCUAUUGGACAUGACGAGCCGUAGGGUGCGUGCGGCAUGAAGCAGUGCACUGAGUACGCCAUCGUCACAGUCUGGGGUCUCAAGUUUUUUAAACACUAAAAGUUACUAUGCACAGGGGUAAAUUAUGUUUCCUAGGUACUAGUUUAUCUGUGAAUCUUGAAUAAGUUUUUAAUACUUGGAAUAUUAUGUUAAACUAUCCUAGGGAAAGAGUUCCUAGCUACUAAACCACCAUGACUGCAUGUGUUACUGCACAAGGAGAACUGAAACUAAGUGUGAGCAAUAAGCUAGCUAGAUAUGAAAUCAGUUUUAUCAAAUGGGUUCAGAAAGGGGCAUUUUGUAUUCUUGUUUCUGCAUAACUAGCUUUGUUUUUUGCAGAAUUAACUAAAAAUAACUGGCUACCAAGAUAAACUUAAUGUACUGAUUCCAUAAUACAGAACAUUCAGUUUUUACCAUUUCUUAGCAGACUUGUAUACUUAUUUUUUGUCCAGAUUAAAAGAAAAAAUCAGAUAACCUAAACAAUCUUUGCUUGUUCUUUUUUUAUUCUGGUAUUCAUAUGCUGAGUAGCUUAUAUAGUUGACUUGAAAAACACACAAAAAAAUAGACUUUCAGACAGGGCUUUUAGCAUCCAUAUGUCUCUUUUUAAAAAAAGCUUUAUUAAGCUGGGUGUGGUGGCACACACCUUUAAUCCCAGCACUCGGAAGGCAGAGGUAGGAGGAUCGCCAUGAGUUCGAAGCCGCCCUGAGAAUGCAGAGUGAAUUCCAGGUCAGCUUGAGCUAGAGUGAGACCCUACCUCGAAAAAAAGAAAAAAAAAAAUCUUUAUUAAAUGUGCUUUUAAAAGAAUACUUUUCUUUGUAGAAAAGAAAAGUGCCAGAACUUUGCGUGCAUACCUCACUAAUGCUGCCAAAUAGCCAGGAGACUUUACAAGAGAUGACCAGCCCUGGGGACACUGUAAGCGUGAGGAGUUGCAGGUUUCCAGAUUCCUCAGUUACCAUAACCCUGUUAGUGGAAGUGUUUCCUUGGCUACCUCUUAAUACCUUCUACUUUCCCCCUCCCCCUGCCCACACUCUUCCUUCUUUAUUUAACAAUGUUGAAGUGUCUCAUCAUUUGGGGCAUCGAGGGAAAUCUUUAAGAAGAAUCAGUGUGUAUUAACAUAUAAUGGUUUUCUCAGGACUGACAAUAAAGCCAAUGUUUGCAAAACA